AACCCAAAAGUUUAUGAAUGCUGACAAUAAACAAUUAGUAAAAGAAUGGUAGAAAAGUCAGCUGGUUAAAUCGAAUGCUGCUGCAGACCUCAUGCUCGUCUAACCCAAUUCUGGAUAAAGCUUGCCAAAUACUAUGCAGCUCUUCGUCUAGGCCUAUCGGUUGGCGAGAGCGGCUGGGAGAUGGGUUCUCUAUAGUUUCGUGAUUGGUGGUUUAAAUUGUUUGAAGGAAUGAGCUAAAGAUUGCAUUUUGACAAUUGGGCUUUUCUUAAUUCUGAUUGUAAUGUUCUCUGUAAUUUCUUGAUUGAUGUUUUGAAUUGAUUGAAGGAAUGAGCUAAUGAUUUUUGACAGUUGGGGGAUUUUCUUGUAUUCCGAUUAUAUAUUGACGAAGUAGUAUUUUUUGAGUAGUUUCUUGAAAUUUCCUGAAUUUCGCCCUUGAUUUUAUUGUUCUCCAAGAAUGUGUUUUCACUGUUUUUUCGAGGUCAGCAUUUGGUUCUUUACCAUAUUGUUUCGGGAGGAAGUAAUUGGCUUCUUAAUGUGCUGAAUACCUACGGUGAAUAACUUCGAAAUCCAUGUAAGGUUGAUGAAGUAGCUUUUAACAUCUGUUUAGGAAUUUUAGCAAAUAAUCAUGUUUGUAUACAUUUGUCAGUUUCAUUCAGAUAUAAAGAGAGAUUUGGAUAAGAUGUACUAGCAGAACUAGAGGACCUGUCUGGAUUGCCCAUGUUUCUUGUGAAAGUUUUCAGCUUUGUAGAAUUCUUUCGAAAGGAGGUUUAGCUUGUACUUGAGAAGUAAUUUGAGAUAAUUAAUUUCAAAAGAAUCAAUUUUUAAAAUGUGGCACAGUAAUUGUUUCUCUUGAUAUACAAUCAGGAAACAUCGUUUCAGUUUAGACAUUGUAAAGCAUGUAGCACAACCAAUGUCAGUGGGCUGGCCUUCAUGCUUAUCCUUUUUCUUCUGAAACUACUAGUGUUGCAUCAUAAAACCUGACAUCAAUUUUAUAUCACCAAUUUUAAGUUCUGAAGGAAAUUCUUUGUGAUUGAUGCCAUCUAAGCUCUUCUCUUCAAUUAGUUUGCAGGUUUUGCACAUCAGAUUGUAAUUUGUGGUGCAUGAUCUAUGUUCAAUGAUGGAGAACAAUUUGCAUUCAAGGAGAUGCAGGAGUUUUCUACAGCGGAUGGGUUUGUGGAGGUAAGUGAGUGCUUGGCCGAGAUGAUAAAAUAUGUGGCAAAUGAACCCUCUGUGGGACUUUUCUACAUUCAAAAACAUACACGGAAUGCAGCACCAAACCUUAUUAAUCUCAAGAACAAUGUCACUGAGAGAUCUCGUGAGAUGACGUUGCAUACAGAAGAUUCAGAAGAUUCUAUUUCCAUUAUAAGGUCAAUGAGAGAAUGUGGCUGUCCCAUUGCUGAUGAGAUGAUUAAAGACAUUAAAAAUUCUCUAGCUAUCAUGUCAGCCAAACAUCCAAAAAGAGGAUUAAUAAAUAGCUCAGAUUCAGCUUUUCGGUUGGGGAGAACAAGAUCUUGGGGACCAGUUGCCUGGGGUCGGAAAUCAAGUUCACCACAGCAAGAUGGUGAUAAAGGUGCUAGUUAUCUGUCAAAUGUCUUAAAGUCUGCAAAGCUCAAGGCUAGCAAUUUGAAAUGGCCUCAGGUUGAAUCCUCCGAAGAAUCAAGAGAAAUCAAAGAUGAGAAAUCAAUUUCAUAUCUUGAUCCCUCGUUGUCAGAUAGAGGUGCUAGUAUCUCUUCUGGUAUGCCUGAGGCUGAGGCAGUUGAAUUGCCAUUGUCAAGUGAGAUAGCUGAGGAGCCACAAGAAGUGCCAGUUGACAGAAGCGGGUGUGACGAUGAUCUGAUUUCCUUGGCUGUGAAAUAUGAAGAAUUCAAGGCUGAUAGAGAAGCUAAGCUGGAGGAAUGGCUAGGAGAGAUGAAGAAUUAGACAAGUAAUUAAGAACAAACACGUGCAGUGCAGACAACCUAUAAAUGCCUGACUUGCUUUUGGGGCGUCUUUGCUACAUUGAAGGGGUUGAAAGGAUACUUUAGAAUGUCAGAUUGUUUUGACUUGUUUUGACGUUCUUUCAAAUUCUGCUGUAGCGUAUUUGUUUCUGGCACACUUUCUCAUUGUAUCAAAGGGCUUGUGGACAUACAUAAAGAGAAAAGGUAGCAUAGUUUAAACAAGAGAUAGGAGUUGCGAGGGUCAGAUUUUCUCCUGUGCUUUACGCAUACUGGAAAUAAAAGAACUAUGAGUUUCUUGCAGGA